CCCUACCUUUCUUCUCGGAGGCAAGCCCACCUUCGAGCUUCCGCUACGAGUGAAAGGUGUCAUCUUUCUUCAACGUAAAAGGUGUCAUCUUUCUUCAAUUCAUAGCUUAAGGUUACAAUUUUUAACCGUAAAGCUCUCUCCUUUUUGGAAUUUACCUUCAACUCCAAUAAUAAUCCCCAUCAUUCUUUAUCUCCAAACCCCAAUACCUUCAAGUUGCAUUUAGGCAUUUAGCAAGACUAAGCAACAAGUGCAUGCUUACAGAACCUUCUCAGAUUAAACCAACAACAACCCCUGUAAUUGCUUUUUAGCUCCUGCACUUCUAAAGUUUCAUGUUUCAAGUGUAAAGACUUCUCCUUCUCUGGAUUAUUCUUCAAUUCUCCGACAGCAAUAACAUCAAUUAAUCUCCGAACCCUAAUUUCUUCAAUUUAUAUCGAAAACCCUACCCAACGAUGGCAUCUCAACUCUCCCAAAUCAAGAGAAAGCUCACAACCCUCUCCUCCCCAACCCUCGCCAGAUUCCUCUCUCUCGCAACAACCCCAUUUAAAGAACCCAUAUCCUCAUCACCCCCCUCACCUGAUCCCCGAUUCAUCCGCCACACCUCCCAGAACCCUAAUCUUGCCGACCACUCCCCCUUCUUCCGAUUCCCUCCAACCAAAACCACAACCCUCCCCAAUGGAAUUCGAGUCACAACGCAAACUGCCCCCUCAUCUGCCAUCCACACUGCCUCUAUCGGCGUCUGGAUUGACGCUGGGAGCCGAUACGAGGCUCCCGGGACCAACGGCACCGCCCAUUUCCUUGAACACAUGAUCUUCAAGGGUACUAGCCGACGAACUGCUCGGUCCCUUGAGGAAGAGAUUGAGAAUAUGGGCGCCAGACUCAAUGCCUAUACUUCUCGUGAGCAGACUACAUUUUUUGCCGAUGUGCAGUCUAAGGACUUGCCUUUUGCUGUUGAUGUGCUUGCUGAUAUAUUGCAGAACUCAAGGUUCCCUGAAUAUGCUAUUCAGAGAGAGCGUGGUGUAAUUCUUCGAGAAAUGGAAGAGGUGCAAGGGCAAAUGGAAGAGGUUAUAUUUGAUUACUUGCAUAUGGCGGCGUUUCAUGGUCACCCGUUAGGAGAUACUAUAUUAGGUCCUGAAGAAAAUAUUCGGGCUAUAGACAGGGUUGAUUUGCAACGAUACAUUUUGACUCAUUAUUCUGGUCAUAGAAUGGUUGUAUCUGCUGCUGGUGCGGUUAACCAUGAAGAGAUUGUGAACAUGAUUAGUAGAUCGUUCAAGAACUUUUCUGAGGAUCCAGCCACUGCAGAUCAGCUUGUUAAAUCAAAUCCAGCUAUAUUCACUAACUCACAGAUCACAGUGGAGGAUAAGGACAUCCGUCUAUUGCAUUUGGCAAUAGCUUUCAAAGGGGCAGCUUGGACUGACCCAAAUUCUAUUCCCCUUAUGGUGUUACAAAGCUUAUUAGGAGCAUGGAAUCGAAGCAUUGGUGUAGGCAAUUGUUCAGGAUCUCAGCUAGCAUGCCGAGUCAGCACAGAUAACUUGGCUGAGAGCAUGAUGUCUUUCAAUACCAACUACAAUGACACGGGAUUAUUUGGUGUCUAUUCCACUUCCCCUCCUGAUUCAGUGGAGACCUUGUCAACUGUUAUAAUGGAAGAGCUUAGGAGAUUGGCUUACCAAGUGUCGGAAGAGGAAGUACUGCGAGCACGGAACCAGCUAAAAUCUUCCCUUUUGCUUCACAUUGAUGGAUCCACUGCGGUUGCAGAGAAUAAUGGCCGGCAGAUGCUAACGUAUGGACGGGUAAUACCAUUUCUUGAGCUUUUUGCUCGUAUAGAUGCUGUUGAUGCUGAGACAAUAAAGGAGACUGCCAGAAACUUCAUAAUUGAUAAGGAUGUUGCCAUUGCUGCAGUUGGACCGCUGCAGAAUUUGCCUGAGCAUAGUUGGUUUUGCUCUCGGACCCGUUCUGAACAAAAGCAGACGUUGUGAACUUGAUUCAUAAGUUUGGGCGCCAAAAGUUUGUAGUUGUCAGAUCAUCUUUGCAGCCCACACAAGAGAUCAUUUUUUGGAUUUAAUUUGCUAAAUUAUGUCAUAAUUUUCUUAGUGCAAUAGCGCAUCUUCGAGGUUGUUCUGGAUGAGUUACGAGUUCUUUCUGUAGGUUUCUAAGUCCUAACAAAGGUUUGACGCGGUCCUUGCU